CGAGCUUUGUGUAUGCUCAAGUCGCGCUUGCGCUGUGUAACCAGAAGAGCCAGAGAAAAAAAAGACGAGAGAGUGGAUUCGAUUUAAUAAAGCAAAGCAAGAGGUUUUGUGUCAAUAUCGUUUUGGUUCGACGAAAUGGAGAAGGCAACAUAGGCAACAUGUAUUGGAAUAAGAAAACGAUGUGAAGAGCACAGCAUGUUUUUAUGACGGGACGCCGCAGGGAAGACGCCGAGCCCCCAUCAGUUUAUUUGGGGGAAAAUCGUUGGAGUUGUUCAAUUCCCUGAGUAACAGCUUGGAUGUAAAGGGGACAUUACAGUAAGACAUUCCAAAGAUGCCCAAGAGGUGGACCGCAGCAACGCCAUGCAGCCAUCUCCCUCUCGUCUUGUUGGUGCUCGUUCUGCCCAGGUGUAUACUGUCGAUCCGUGCCGACAAAACCAUCAGCAAGGAAGACCAUGUUACUGCUACGGUCAAUGCCACCGUACUUGACUCCAAAGGCAAUCCAAAGCAAAUUCUAACCAAGGACGAUGGCACGUACGGCCAGAAUUCACCGAAAGUGGACGCGAAAGGAAUCGUGAUUGGACCUGCACCGAAUCAUGGAGUGGUGGACCUCCAGGGCUGCGACCCCCACACUCGCUUCGUGGUGCCCCCCCGGACGGGGCACUGGGUGGCCCUGCUGCAGCGCGGCAACUGCACCUUCAAAGAGAAGAUCCUCAAGGCCUCCGCUUUCAACGCCUCCGCCGUUCUCAUCUACAACAACAACUCCAAUGAGGACACCGUCAAGAUGGGCCAUGAAGGUACGGGUGACACUGUGGCGGUGAUGAUCACUGAGUCGUACGGCAAGGAGAUCCUGGGUCUGCUGGAGAGGAACCUGACGGUGCUGGUGAGUGUGGUGGUGGGCCAGCGUGGCCAGGCCAAGAAUAUCAACCGCGGCUCCCUGGUCUUCGUCUCCAUCUCCUUCAUCGUACUCAUGAUCAUCUCCUCUGCGUGGCUCAUCUUCUACUUCAUCCAGAAGAUACGCUUUACGAACGCACGUGACCGCAGCCAGGUAGGACAUAGACGUCGACUUGGAGAUGCCGCUAAGAAAGCCAUCGGGAAGCUGACAACCAGGACGGUGAAGAAAGGGGACAAGGAGACAGACCCGGACUUCAACCACUGCGCUGUGUGCAUCGAGGGUUACCAGCUCAACGACGUGGUCCGCAUCCUGCCCUGCAAACAUGUCUUCCAUAAGCUGUGUGUGGACCCCUGGCUGAACGAGCACUGUACCUGCCCCAUGUGUAAGCUGAACAUCCUCAAAGCUCUGGGCAUCAUGCCCAACCUGCCGUGCGUGGACAAUGCCGGUUUUGACAUGGACCACAGGAUAGGGCGCAGCCAGACGAUGGCCAGCCAGCGGACGGCCUUGGUGGACCUGUCCAGUGAGACGUCCAUCAGCCUGGAGCCUCUGCAACGAGGCCCCCUCGGUACCGGACCCCAGAUCCCCUCCGAGAGCGGAGAACUCACCCCGCGCACCGGAGAGAUCAACAUCGCCGUCACCAGUGGCCAGUUCUUCAACCGGAACUCCCUGUCUCCGCGCAGUGUGGUCUGUGAGAUGGAGCUUCCCGACAUCCAGGCAUCGCUCGACCUCUACGAUGACAACAAGUCGUGAGGGUCGUCGUCGUGGUUUCGACCCACUGUCUAAGGGACGGAUGGCCUUGUACCUUCCUGCACACCGGCGAGCCUUUGUGUGGGAGGGGUUAUGGAGGGUGACAGGCGGCUCAACAACUUAGACGACAACCUUGACUAACUUGUGGAACAUCGACAAUGACAUAACAUCAAAGACCUUCUUCCAAUGCAGAAUGUACUAUUAUUACCUGUCAAAAAGAAGAGGGGAAAUAGUCAUCCUCUCCUUUCUUUAACACUUUCAUUUAGGAAAAAUGUUUUCUCCAGGGAGAGACUUUGAAAUCUGUUUCUAGAUUCGGUAAUGGGGAAUUAACCCUUUCUAGUCUUACUUUGCAGUAUCUCUCUGUAUUGUCCAUUUGAAACGAGCUAGAAAAAAAGGAACAACGGGUUUCAGUGUAGCCUACUGUCAGCAUCCUACAACAUCUGUAAGCUAUAUAUGAUUAGCAAACCAUCAUUUUAUUUAGCUUUCUUUGGAUCUUUAUCCGUGACGGCAACAAUAGAAAAGCAUACUGUUUCUUCCCUGGUGGACCAGUUGGCUUUGUUUUAUUUACUAUGCUGCCUAAAGGACAGUGGAGAGUACAUUUUGACUUGUGGGCUAUGUCCAGACAUACCCUGUCUCUUCCUCUAUAUGGCCAGUGACUGGUGCAAGAAUAAGACCAGUGGAACAAUGGACAUGCAGCUAUGUGAAGUUCUAAACUCUGUGACAGGCAGUGUUUCUUCCCUGUAGCGAAACCAAUGUGUCUCUGUAUAAAAAAAAAUAUAAUAAUGACACUUUAACGUGUAUUUAAAAAAAGCCUAUGAAAUACCCACAGCGUGUACUAAUCAGCCCCCCAGUGAGGGGGACCUAGUGUGUGUGUGUGUGUAUUUAAAUAUAUCUCUCUAUAUAUAUAUCUAUAGAUAUAUAUAUAUCUCUCUCUCUCUCUCUCUAUAUAUAUAUAUAUAUAUAUAUAUAUAUAUAUAUAUAUAUAUAUAUAUAUAUCUCUAUAUACACACACACACAAUCUAUAUACAAUCUAUAUCUCUAAAGUGGCCUCUAAAGCUGUUUGUUUUUUCCUUUGUCAAUCUUGUAAAUGCUUGGGUGGAAGGCUUUCUCCUCUGUUCUUGUUGUCCCUUUGUGUUCUAGUCCUUGCAUCUGAUAUUUGGGAUGAUGAUUGAUGUGACGCGGGGAGGGGAGUGUGUGUCACAGUUUCGGGUCACUGUGUUACAUACAGUACCGCCUCACCAUUAAAAGUGUCAUUAUUGCCCUAGA